CUCGCGCAGUCGAGUUUGCAGCGCGCGCCACCGAGGUUUCAGCCGUCUCGUGCCCGCGGUGCGACCUGCUCUUCACCGGCCACUCUCUCGGCGCGAGCCUUGCGAUGAUGGUGGCCGAGGUGCGGGCUGCGGCGGGCAGCGGCGCUGCGGCGGGCAGCGGCGCUGCGCCGCCGCCUCCCGCGGUGGUCUUCUCCGCCGGAAGCUGGCGCGGCGCGCUCCGCCGCCGACUCGGCAUCACGCCCGCGAGCUCGGCCGCCGCCGGGAGGCUCUUUGCCCUCGCAGACCGGUGGGACCCGGUGCAGGCGCGCGCGACGGCCGACGCCGGCCUGCUCGGCGAGGCUUGCCUUUGGGAGACGGGCGGGCCGCCCUCGGGCUGCGGCGGCUGCUGGGCGGCGGGCGGCGGGGUCGCUCCUCCGCCGGGGUGGGAGCGUGUGCCUGCGUGUGAGGCCUGCUUCGAGCGGACGCACGUCUACCGGCACUACCUCGACAAGCUGCUGCCAGCCCCGCGGCCGAGGUGCCGCCCGCUCGAGGAUGGACCACUUCCGCCUCCUCCGCCGCCGCCGCCGACCCCGCCGCCUCCUCCGCCGCCGCCGACGACCCUGCCGCCGCCUCCGCCCGAAGAGCGGCACGCCCUCGCCAUGCCGCCUCGCCUGAUGUGGGGCUGGGGCCGCCGCGUGUCGGGCUAUUGCGGCUCCGCCUCCAUCCAGUCGGUCGCCCUGUACUACGGCAGCUGGCUCACGCAGGACGCCGUCCGCGGCGAGACGGGCGGGCACGACGGCGCGCACCAGCUCGGCGCCGAGGGCGGCUGCUGCGACUCGGUCGCGGUGGCGAGGCGGCUCCGACUUAACGUGACCGCGUGGGACCACGCCAGCGCGCUGCAGCCGCAGGCCGCCGCCUUUGCUGCGUGGCUGGCGCGAUCGGUCGACGCGGGAGAGCCGUCCGUCUUUGGCGUGUACAUGGCGGGCGAGGACAACCCUCACCUCGACCACAUCGUGCCGCUGGUUGGGUACGUCGGCGUGCUGGGCAGGCCGACCACGCUGCCGCACACGACGAGCCACACUCCAGCUGGCUUCACUCCAGCUGGCUUCACUCCAGCUGGCUUCACUCCAGCUGGCUUCACUCCAGCCAGCCGGCUUCACUCGUGCCUGUGCACUCGUCGCAGGCCGGCCAAGCUCCUGUACAACGACCUCCACUCCAACUCGACUCUGGUCGCGGACCUCGCCACCUUCGCCAAGGACCGCGCCCGCUGCCGGCGCGCCCUGCCGUGGAAGCAGCGGUUCGAGUACUGCCUCCCCGCAUCCGUGGACUACGGCUACCGCGUGCACGGCAACCACGACCCCGCCGGCGAGCUUCUGCCCGCGCGGCUGGUCGUCUCCGCCUGGUACGAGCCCGACUACUCGCGCGAGGACGGCAAGCACGAGCCGCCCACGCCGCUCGUCGGAACGCUCGCCGUGUCGGGCCUCGCGAAGGGCGAGCGGUACGCGAUACUCCGGUACACGAGUGCGUCUGCCGUCCCGGCCUCCGGCUUCCUGCGCGCGGGCGGGUGGGCGGCGCGCACCGAUUUCGUGGCGGAGGGAGAGACGCACGAGCAGCGCCUGGUCUUCAUGUCCAAUAGCUCGCAACUCUUUCGCUGCGUGGUGCUGUCGGACUCGUCCCCUGCUCACUAGCCUGCUCAUGUGUGAUCUCCGCGGCCGGGCCCACAGCGCUCGUGGGGCCCACAGCCACACUAGUCACUACAUCUCGGAGACCCCGGUACGGCUCUAACACACCUGACCGAGAAUUGGAUGGGUGCGUACUUCGGGUCUUUGCCCACGAUCAGAGUCACCAGUCACGUACCUCUCGCACAAUAGUCGGAGUCACCCCGCGUGCCGAGACGUAGAUAUCUAGAGGUCUACUGUUGUGUACGAUAUUUGUACAUUGCGCUCUUGUU